GCGACCUUGCCUGCAAAGAGCCGUUGCCUUGGGUCGUUUUCUCGAUUGAUCGUUGCAGAUCCCUCUUCGUUCUGGCCAUGUGCAAUCUGACGCGUUCGGAUGAACGACGCGUCCUCCUGCCCACCCCCUUGUUUCGGUCCGCGCGUCCGCGCGUUUUCUCCCGCCUCUGUUUUCACUUUUCUCUGGUGUUUCUGCUUGUGCAACCGUUCUGCAAGGACGGCGCAGCAAAGAAGAUCAUCAAGUAUCGAUGUCCACUUCGUUUGCCUUGUUUUUUCGCUCUCUUUGUUUUUUCGUUCCACUUCCCCUCGAAACUUGCCAAAAAUAUAAAGCUCGGCAAAAAGCUGGCACAACUUGCAUGCUUGGCCUGCGGCGGGGGAAGUUCCUUUGGGCCCCGUGUCCCAUGGCCUGCGAAACGCAGCCAAUUUGCCGUCAGUUCGCUGACCAGAACGAAUAAAAAUAAUGGCUGGGGCAUCUCACUUUGACCCGGCGGUACACACCCCUGCCUCGGCUGCUGUCUAGACGCAAACGUCGUUGUUCCCUCUGAGCGAUACAGAUUCACCUGCUUCCGCCUCGACUUCUGCCUCGACGCCUCAGUUCUGUGCUUGGGCGGUCUGCUUCUCUUUCCGAGCGUUCUUCCCUCCUCGACCAUGUCUUCUCCGAGGCACAGGCGAGGCUGGCGGCGGCGCAGCUCUCGCGACUCCAACUUGUCAGAUUCGUUCGCUUCUGAACGGAACUGUCUCACCUCUCCUGCGGGAGAAAACGCUGGACAGGUUGAAGCCACCACUGCUCCGAAACCGGAUGCCUUUGUUUCUCCCUCUAUUAGCGACCGUCCUCUGCUCCGACGCGGUUCCCAGGAGCCUGACGGUCUCGCGGCCCCCAUGUCGCCAAGAGAACGUCCCUGCGCUUGCUCGUCCUCCUUGUCUCCUUGCUCGUCUUCAGAUUUAGCGACCUGCAGACGACGCUCAGUCCGUGGUAACGCAAGUAACGCGCCAGGAGAUUCCGAUUUGUCUGAUCCUUUGUGUGAGGCUGCGGAUGAAAGCGGCACCCAAGAAAGACUCCACAGCAAGACUGCAGAGCAGCGCUCUUCACUUGCCCUCUCUGCUUCCUCGUGCUCGGAGUCCGACUCCGAUCUGUCCGAUGGCCCUCCGUCUCCCCGUCCGCCUGCGAGCGUCCCUCGCUCUCCUUCCUCUUGGGCGCCGACCCAGUCGCGCGUCUCUUCCUGGCUCGCGGACGCGAGAUGGGAGAAGAAACUGAAGGAAGACAGCAUCGUGCGAACAAGCCCAGAGGCCGACGCCUUGUCCAGGUCCAGCAGCUUCGUCUUUGUCAACGCCGAGUUGUGUGCCGAGGUAGCUGCGCGAAUUCGCAGAGCGCAAGAGCGCGCGAAGCGCCUCGCGAGCUGUGGCGACGAGUCUGAGCGCGAUGAAGCUCCAGACUGUCGGAAGAGUCGCGCUGAGACUCCCGCUGAGGCUCACGACUCCGAGUCCGAAGAAGAGAUCUCUCCACGCCUCCAAACGGAUGAGAGAGAAGAUCAGAGCCCAGCAACAGAGGCAGCAGGGCCUUCGCUCUCCUCUUCUGCCUCCGUUUCGCCUCCCCUGAAACGCAGCUCUGGCGCAGAACGCCCGUCCGAAACGUCCUGCCAUGGGGACUCUUCUCCCUUGCCCACACUGUCUUCUUCUUUGAAGGAACAGACAUUUUCGGCCGGUGGCCUCACGACUUCGUCAAAAGCGAUCCCGCCGGGUCCUCCAUCGGAGGCUCGUCCUUUUCUGGCUUCUGUCUCCUCCGAGGUGUCUCCGUCACCCUCUUGUGCGACGAUCGAGUUGCCUGUCUCUCGCGACCGCCCCGGCGGGGAUUUCACCCUCGUCCCUCCAGUCGGUGAAGUCACUACGCUCCCUGCGGUUCUCUCCUCUCAGCCUUCUCCUGCUUCGCCGGCGCACCGGCGAGACGCCUUCUCCUCCUGGUCUCGACAGUUUGUGUCUUCUCCCGAGGGCGUUUCUGGCUCGUCUUCUCCCGCUGCUGUGAGGUCCUCAACGUCUCCGCAGCCGUGGUGCGGCUCUGAGGCGUCCCCCGCCACCGGGGCCUCUUUUCUCUCCUCCGUCUUCUCCUUUCUGCCUCUCCCCAUGUUUCAGGAGGCUACAGUUCACCAGGCCGAGCGCCAAGGGCGAUCCAUCAAAUCGCGCGGAUCCCAGGCGAGAGCCUCUCUGCAGGGAGGCUUCGAUUCCGUGCAAAGAAGCAGGCGGGACAGCACUCGCCGAGGCGAUGAGAGAUGUGAAGGACUUCGUUCCUAUGACGAUGAGAGCGAUACCUCGUCGUAUCUGGACGCGUCCAGACGUCCCGGCUGUCAAAAGGAGGUCACGACGUUUCUCUCAGAUCUGUAUCAACAGACGCAGAGACGAAGUCCCCUCCCUUUCCAACUGUUUCUGCGCAGGAGCACCUCGCUGUUCUGCACCUGUUGGGGCGUACUCCUCGUCGUCCUCGGCCUCGGCGUCCUCUACCUCUCCGGAAAGAGCCAAGAGUUCGUUGUUCCGUACGAAAGCGGCAUGACGACGACUUCGGUUUUCCAAGUUCCGGAACACUUGGAAGCCCCCGUCUUCGUCUACUACAGAAUCACGGACUUUUACGGGAACUACCGACCUUACCUCAAAGACGGACCUGAAUCCGUCAGCACCAGCUACAAGUGUGACAUUAUCCUCUCGCAGCGAGAGGCUCUCGACUUCCGCACAUUCAAUGGGGUCCUCACUCUGCCCACGCUGCGCAGGAGCAUCGAUGGAAAGCCGAUCCCCGAAGACAGUCCUCGCGCCUUCCCCUGCGGUCUCCAGAGUCUGUCGCUGUUCAACGACAAGUUUUCCGUCCACCGCGUCGUCGCGAACUACGCCGAAGAGGAUCUGUCCAUCUCCACAGACGACAUCGCUUACCACUGGGACUUCACCCGCUUCAUGGUGCGUAAUUCAACUUGGGAGAAGCUGGAUGCCAUGCCGUGGAUCCUGCCGAGCGAUGACCGCUUCCGCGUCUGGCUUCAUCCCCCCUUUACUCCUUCCUUUCAGAAACUCUACGGGGUCAUCAAUACCUCCCUCGAACCGGACAAUUCGUAUUUCCUACGAUUCUCUGAAUCUCAAUGGCCAGCAGAGCAGUGGCAAGCGACGAAGGCGAUCGUUUUUGUCUCGCUCGCUCCCGUCAUCGGUGGAGCGAACUAUCCUCUCGCCUACGCGUGCCUCGCGACAGGCGGUUUCUGCCUACUAGGAGUGAUUCUAUUGUGGCUUUUCUACUGGUGCGGCCUUACCUUCACGAGUCGAACAGUGAGGGAGACGGACAUGGAGUCGGUGAUACGUCAGGCCGAGGGAGACGAUGGCGUGGAUCUCCCGGGAGCCGGGCAUGGUGGGGGCCUGGAGGGACCAGCCUCCCCGCAGGCCGCGGGCCGUGGAGGCCGCGCGAUUUCCGGGGGCGACGUCGCUGCGGCGGCGCCGUUUGUGGCGCGGAAUUUUCCUGAGCCGAUUGCAUGCGUCUGUCCUUUCCACUGUCCGUGGCCGGAAGGCGGGAAGAAGAAGGAACGGCGGGAGAGGCUGCGGGGAGAGGGUAAAGAUCCCCUGCUUCAGCUGCCGCCGGCUGGCCUCGGGACGCGCAAGAAGCUGCAGAAGCGAGCGUCGAACGCCUCCGCCGCGGCGUCUGGCGAGGAGACCAGUCAGGCGCUGAACUCCGCCGAAGAAAACGUCUCCGAGUCGAGUUUCCCCUCUGGGGGGGCUCAGGGACCUGUCUUCCAAGUCGAGCCUGUGGAGGAGACGCGCGAGCCAGAACGCGACCGUCCACCCAUGCUCAUGUCUUGCCUCUCUGAGUUUCCUCAAGAGAGCGAAGUGGAGCCUGCUGAGAGGAUGGAGAAAGAGGAGAACGAGGCGCGACCGCGGGGCAUCCUCGCGAUCGAAGAGUCCGACGGAACUGCAGGCGACGCCCUGGAGGAUCCUGCUCUAGGCGAGUAACGAACGGCGGAGACACAUGGACCGGCUCUGGAAAUUGGGAAGUCCAGAGAAUCCGAGAGGCGCUGUCCACGCCGCUCGAGAAAGCAACGACCCACAGCGUCCAACGGGUCGUAGGAAGAAACGAGACAAACGACGGACGCGGAGACGCAGGAAAGAAACAGACGAAUGCCAAAAAAGAGAGAAAGCGCGUUCGUCACACCCCAAAAGACGUCGUAUAGAGUCGCCGUUUGUCGCCGGAGGACGCGACUGCGAUCGCGAAGUGAAGAACGCGGUUUCCCCGAUAGGAACUUUCCUUUUUUCAUAAUGGGUCUCUGGGGUUCCGAUGGGGAGGCGGCCAGUUCUCAGCCCCCGUGCAUGCAAUCUUGUUUCAAUCCGAGAGUGACACGCAGAGGGUCUCUUUCCGUGAAAAGCAGAGAUGCACUGUCCCUCGAGGCGCAGAAUUAUUUGAUCUCUUGAAUUCUCAAAAGUGACUUCUGUUCUCUGGUCGUCGUCCACUCUCGAUCUCCGUAAAUGUACAAACUGGGGGUGCUCUCGGUGACUGCUGCGGAACGAUGCCUCAAAACGUACCUACGAAUAUAUAUAUAUAUAUAUAUGUAUAUAUAUAUGUAUUUAUAUAUAUAUGUAUAUAUAUAUAUAUGUAUAUUUAUGUCCGUGUUUGUUUCCUGCUGCAUGUGGGGCAUUUACUUCUGAAUGUGUACUUGCGUGGAUCUCUCGAGCUCUGUGUCAGUGCGUGUACAUGCCUCCAAGAAAAUGUACGUAGGCUGCAUGUUUCUGUCGAUGACGAAGGAGCCGAAAAGGCUCCCGUCGUUCGACGGAACGCAGGAGCGUCCGCGGCAGCUGCGCCACGGAUGCUGAAGGCCGCGAGGGUCUGGGGCUUCCUUCACUCAGAGACUCCACAGGAUGUCAAUUUGCCCCCAAAGUGUAAAAAAACAUGCACGC